AUGCCUGGCCAGGACACUGAGGACUUUGGAGCAGAAAACCUCUCGGAGAAGUCUCAGAUGAUUCCUAGCCUCCCGCCGUACGACAUUGAUGACCAGCUGCUUCCCAGGGAGCCACGGAGUGCCUGGUGCUGCUUGGUGUGGACCCUGCUGGUAGUCACCAUGAACUCCUUGGUAUUUUUCAUCAAUUUGCUCCUGAUGUUUGUCAUCUUCACCAUCGUGCUGCUUCCUACCAUUGUGGUGGUUUACUUUGGCUUCCAGUGCCACUCUCAGGUGCUGCACUCAGCCGCCCGCUACUGCAAAAGCCUCUUGGAUGACAACAGCUCUUCUGCCCUCAUUAUCCUUGGCUUCGUCAUCAUGUCCCCUCUCAUCGUGGUGGCCAUGGCCAUCUACUGCAGCCUGGCGAGGCGUCUCCACCUCUUCAUGUGCUUCCAGCCGUGCAGCAGGGCUGUGUACAAGGGGGUGAAGUGGCGCUGGUACGAGGAGGGUGGCCUGUGCAGCUGUGCCAAGGGGUGGAACACUCAGGUCAGGGCCUGGGUCUGA